AUGGCAACGACAACAUGUGGUUAUGAAGCAAUAUAUAGUGGAAAACUUCUUUUAUUCUAUGUUAAUCGUGAGGGUUUACCUUUAUCGGAACGAUGUAAUGAACGUAUGUGGACUUUCUGUAUGGAACAAUAUCCGAAAAAUGUAUUGGAAAUAAAAACAGUACGUGAUCGAAUUACUGAUUAUCCUAAAAUAACAUACAUCGAUCCACCAUAUCAUCUUGCAACAAAUACACGUUUAACUGUUCAAGAAAAAUUACAACAAAUUCAAACUUAUAUUCAACGUCUUGAAUACAAUUAUACUGGUAUGCAAUUUUUUGAUAUUAAUACCAAACGUCCAAUAUCUGGAUUAAUGGAUUCUGCUAGACAUAUGAUGACAGAAGCAUUACCAAUAAAAUGUUUAGAAGCAUUUUUAAUUGCUGUUUAUUUGACAACUGGUAUUACGGGUCUUGAACGAUUUAAUAUAUCAUUUAAAACACGUUUUAAUUCAAUUACAUAUCGUCAUAUUGUUCUUGGUAUUAGAUACAAUCAAACAUAUGGUGCAUUAGGUUUAAGUCGUCGUACUGAUCUUGCAUAUAAACCAUUAGAUGGUAAAUAUGAUCGUUUAUCAGCUUUAAUCGAUGAUUAUUUACGUGCAUAUAAAAACUAUGGUCAUACUGUUUUACGUAUUAAAAUUGGUUUACCAAUAGUACAUGAUUUAAAAUCUUUUUUAACAAUUAACUGGAAAGCAAUUGUUAUUCUACCAAAUAAAACAGAUAAAAUUGAUUAUGAACGUGAAUUAGAUAAAAUUGUUCGUAUAUGGAGACAAAUGAAUAUGUAUUUACCGUAUCGAACUACUAUUCCACCAGCAUCAUUAGUACAACCUACAAGUACAGUAAUUACGACAGCAUCAUUACCCAAUCGUUUACAAUCGAUAUCAAUUCGACAAAAUCGUGAAAUAUCAUCAAAUUGUCGUCCAACAGUUAUUAAUAAAAUACCCAUAACAACAAAUAAUACUCAUACAACUGCUAAAGAUCAAUCUAUUGCUUAUGCGAUUCGAGUUUAG